CAGGAACAGAGCCCAGGUCUCCUGACUUGUAGCCCAGUGGCCUGUCCACUUCAAUGCGAUUGGCAUCCUGGGAGAAUUUAGUCUUAGCAGUCUGACUGAAUGUAAAGGCUGCCUCAUUGAGGCAUGAUGAGCCUGGCCAUAAAAGGAAGGGAGAGAGGAGACCCAUGAAAGCCCCCAAAAUCAAUGGGGCUUCUGCUUGGGAGCAGAGAUCUGUCUCUGUAGGUCAGCUUUCAGGAUUGAUGCCUUACCAUGCAAAGUACAUUCAAGUCUGCUAAGUCUGACAGGAGACGGUGACCCCCACGAGCGGACCUAGUUUUAAGGAACUAACAGAAGUUGGGUUUGCAGACCCGAUGCACCCAUGCAGGGUGCCUGCCUUUCCGAGGUAUUGAUGCAUGCAUGCAUUUCUUUUUGCACGCCUAGUUGGACAUGCACGCCUGUAUUUUGCAUGCCUGUAUUUCACAUCCAUUAUUUCUCGCUUUAAUAAGAGGCAGGGGCGGGGGAGGAGGAGAAAGGGAAGGAGUUUUUUUACAAGCGGCCCGCGCGCGCCUCUUUUACCCCCCCCCCCCGCUUUUUUUUUUUGUUCCUCCCUCCCUCUCUCCCUCCUUUUAUUUUUGCGCUUCUCGUCGCUCUCGCGCAGGCUCGGCUGGAACCCGGGGUGGAGUUGGCGCGAGAUAGGAAAGUUGCCUUCUGCGCUGUACGCCGGACAGGCGCGAGCUUCCCCCCGCGUCCAGCCCGCCGCGCGCUAACCGGGGCCCGCCGGGGCUGUACCCCCGGCAGAGGCCGGCUCCGGGGCCAAGGGAUGUGGCAUCCCCCUGGCGAGCCCCUUCGAUUUUCUCGCGAUUGAUGUUUUUAAUGCACAAAGGGGCAGGAUGGCUCGCAGGACCCGCGGUGAGGAGCAAGAUGAGCUGCAUUACCAGGACACAGACUCAGAUGUGCAAGAGCAGCGGGAGAACAGGUGCAAGGUCAAGUGGACUCACGAAGAGGAUGAAUGGCUGAAGACGCUAGUGAAGCAGUUUGGACAGAGUGAUUGGAAGUUCUUGGCAAGUCACUUUCCCAACCGCACCGAUCAACAGUGCCAGUACCGGUGGCUGAGGGUGUUGAAUCCAGACUUGGUUAAAGGGCCUUGGACCAAGGAAGAGGAUCAGAAGGUAAUUGAAUUGGUUAAAAAAUUCGGCACAAAGCAAUGGACACUGAUAGCAAAGUACCUGAAAGGCAGGCUGGGGAAGCAGUGCCGGGAACGCUGGCACAACCACCUGAACCCCGAGGUGAAGAAGUCCUCGUGGACGGAGGAUGAGGACCGAAUCAUUUUUGAGGCUCACAAAGUUCUGGGGAAUCGCUGGGCUGAGAUUGCCAAGCUGCUGCCUGGGAGGACUGACAAUGCUGUGAAAAACCACUGGAACUCCACCAUCAAACGGAAAGUGGACACAGGAGGUUUCCUCAGUGAAACAAAAGACUCUGAGUCCCUGUACUUGUUGGUGGAAGUGGAGGGCGAAGAAAGCCAAAGUGUCCAGAGUGCCAGGAACCAGAAAAACCUACAUGCUAACUGGCCUGCUGAUACCUUGGAAAUAAAGGAGGAAGAAGCCAGUGAGGAGGAAGCAGCUGGUUUCCAAGAGCUGCCCUCUGAGCAAACAGCUACAACACUGGCAGAGGACAAUGCCGAGGGGGCCCCAAAGGACGUGGCACCUGAAGACGCAUUGCCGGACGGCACCUAUCCAUACAAAUGGGCAGCUGACACUGCCAACUACUUGAGCCUGACUUCGGGACCGGCCUUUACGGAAGCUCUGGACAUGAUGGAAUCGGACCCAGACGGGUGGUGUGACCUGACUCACUUCGACUUGCCUGAGGAUCCAGCUGCUGGUGACAGCAGCAGCAACAGCCCGGUCAGGCAAGCCCCCAGCAAGCCCCCAGCUCCUGUACCCCACGUGACAGAGUAUCGCCUAGAUGGCCACACCAUUUCAGAUCUGAGCAAAAGCAGCAAGGGUGAGCUGAUCCCCAUCUCCCCCCACUCAGAGGUCAGCUCUGGCACACCGCCCUCGGUGCUCAAGAGGCAGAAGAAGAGGAAGAUCUCCCUCUCGCCCGUCACGGAGAACACCAGCUACUCCUUCAUAGACUCCUGUAACAGCAUGACGCCCAAGAGCACCCCGGUCAAGACGCUGCCCUUCUCCCCCUCCCAGUUCUUAAACUUCUGGACCAAACAGGAUACACUGGAGUUGGAGAACCCGUCCCUGACCUCCACUCCUGUGUGCAGUCAGAAGGUGAUAGUGACCACCCCUCUGCACAGGGACAAGACCCCGCUGCAUCAGAAAAACUCAGCGUUUGUCACCCCAGAUCAGAAAUAUGUAGCAGACAACACGCCCCACACACCUACGCCUUUUAAGAACGCUCUGGAAAAGUACGGUGCCAUGAGGCCACUGCCGCAGACCCCUCACCUGGAAGAAGACUUGAAGGAAGUGCUCCGGAGUGAAGCUGGCAUUGAGUUGAUCAUAGAGGAUGAUGUGAAGCCGGACAAACAGAAAAGGAAACAAGGACUGCACAGGAGUCCCAUCAAGAAGGUCAGGAAGUCUCUCGCCUUGGACAUUGUGGAUGAGGAUGUGAAGCUGACUGUGUCCACCAUGCCCAGGUCCAUCUGCUUCAAAAGAGCACAGCCUGUGAGUUUCCUCUCAAGGUCUCUAAACCUUUCCUCCUCAAGCAGCAAGGACGACAGCGGUUUGCUCAAUAGGGGAUUUGUGCAGGUGCAUGUGAAGACCGAGAAGACUUCAUCCUCCAGGAAGAUCCCAAGCCAAUUCAGACCACCCGCUCCGAUGUCCAGUGCAUGGAAAGUAGUGGCUUGCGGUGGAACCCGAGACCAGCUCUUCAUGCAAGAGAAAGCUCGCCAGAUCUUAGGCACGUUAAAACAGAGCCACACGUCAAGGACAUUGAUCUUAUCAUGAAGGACUGUUGGUUUUUCUCUGCUUUACAAUUUUUUUUUUUUGUUUGUUUUUAAGUAGAGGGAGAAAAGAACACAGAAGAAUUCUCUUUGGCAAAGACACUGUUUAUUUUUCCUUCUCUGAACUCUGUUCCCUGGUAGAUCCUUAUUUUUAAUAAAUUGUGCUAAAUACUGGAUGAUAA